UAGAGGAAGAGAGGAAGAGAGAGAGAGAGAGAGAGAGAGACUGCGAAGAGGUGGAGGGCGGGGAAGGAUAUCAAUUUAAUUUCCCCCCCUUCCAUCUUUGUUCCCUUCUUCUCUCUAGAUUUUCCUGUGCUAGCUGCGCGUUAGAUGUCCGGCGGGGACCAUGGUUCCCGACCAGGUGCUCGCAAAUUGUGUAGAGUCUCUUGUCCGUGAGGGCGGCGCCGCCGCUUUCACUUCCCUUGAUGACUUCAUCCACCAACUCGAAGCCAAGCUCGGCAUGGAUCUCUCCAGCAAAGCAUCCUUCAUCAACAAACAGAUCUACAUCCUCCUCGGCCCCCAUUCCCCUCAACUUCCAACUUCUUCCACCGUCGUCGAUACGGCCGACAGCAGACAUUUCACACAGAUUCCUACCUCGUCCUCUCUAUACGACCACCUUCCACGGCAGCCAAAUGUUCCUUCCUUCCGCUUUACUGCUCCCGCUGCGCUGGUAGCCGCAUCGCAAGCCGAGCAUAUCAGUCAUCACCAGUAUCAGCCGGUGACGACGGUGACACCUGAAACUGUUCCUUCGCAGGCACCGGUUGUUCUUCCUAAAGAAAGUGCACCUGCUGCACCUAAAAGACGAGGCGGCCCAGGUGGUUUGAGUAAAGUUUGUGGAGUUUCACCUGAGCUGCAGGCCAUUGUUGGUGAACCAACCAUGGCAAGGACAGAGAUUGUGAAACAAUUGUGGGCUUACAUCCGAAGGCAUAAUCUGCAAGAUCCUAAUAAUAAGAGGAAGAUCAUAUGCAAUGAUGAAUUACGUCUAGUUUUUGAAACAGAUUCCACCGACAUGUUCAAGAUGAAUAAACUAUUGGCUAAACAUAUAAUUCCACUCGAACAUACAAAGGAACCGGCUCCAGACACUAAAAGACUCAAGAAAUGUGACAGGGAAGUGGAUGUUGUACCAGAAGCUGAGGCUGGACAAUAUUCUGUGGUUAUUUCUGACGGGCUAGCUGAAUUUCUUGGUACAGGUGAAAGGGAGAUUCUUCAGUCUGAGGCAUUGAGGCGUGUUUGGGAUUAUAUAGAAGCUAACAAACUAGAGGACCACAGAAAUAACAUGGUACUGUGCGACACAAAGCUUCAGCGACUCUUUGCAUGCGAAAGUAUACCUGCUUCGGGUGUCUCCAAAAUAUUGGCACACCACUUGUUCAAACAAUCCUAACAAAGACGAUAUUAACUGAAAAGCGCAGUUGCAGCGUUAUGUACGCAAUCUAACUGUAUAGGAAGAAGGAAAACUGAAACAAGAUAUUGUUUUAUAUGUCUCGAUUGUUUUUAGUUUAUUAUUUGUAAUUUAUAUAUCGAAAAGUUUGGUAAGAUAAUGAAUAGUUUGGAUCAGACUGCUGAUGAUGACAACAGAUUUGGUGAUAUGAUUGCCAUAGCUUUGAAGCUAUUGCCCUUA